GGUGAGAAUGAAAAGUUGUAGGUUAGGAGUUUCAUAGUUGGGAAUUGACUAAAAUAUCCCUUGGUUUUAUUGGUGAUUAAUUAAAUAAUUUUUAAUGAGAAAAGAUCCCAAAAUCAUUUCUUGAGAAACCUUAUUAAGUGCAGUGGCAGCAACAAGAAAGGAAUAUUCCUCUUCUGAUUCAACAAAAACCUCAAAGAUCAAAGGUUAAGACAUCAUAUAAUUCUCCAAAAAGAAAAAAAAUGAAGUGCUUAAUCCAAAAAUGAUUAAAGAAGCUUCCUCAAAUCAAUCAUCUUGUAAGAAUUCAAGAAUCCCAUUCUCCAUCAAGAACACUUGCUUAUUUCUUCUCCUUUUCAUUUUCUUGAUUAUUUUCUUCCUAGGGCUCCCUCUUUUAUGCAUUAUCUUGAUUUUAAAGCCGCAAAUGCCCGAUUUUUCUCUCCAAACGGUUAACGUGGAAUCGUAUAAGCUCGAUUUGAGCUCCCAAGACCUUGUUGUUUCAUCGGUUUUUUCUCUCAACUUGAGAGCCGAAAAUCCGAAUAAGAUUGGACUAAGCUUUGAUACCUCCAAGUUUCAUGUCCUUAGCCGAGGGUUAGUAGUGGGAUUGAUUAGAAUUCCUCAGUUUCAUCAGCCUCCAUUGAGCAAAAAUGUUAGCAUCGAAACACGAGUAUUGUUCGAAUGCGUAAACAUUAGUGAAAUAAUGUACACAAAUUCGAUGAACGACGGCUCGUCAGAUGGAGCUUCUGAUAUCAGAAUAUUAGGUGACGUUGGAGCAAAGAUUCGGAUUUUCAACAUCACCUUGCCGAAAAUCAAGGUUGCUUUGGAUUGCGAUAUAAAUGUCGACCGGUCGAAAUUUUCGGUUAGUAAUGAAGUUUACAGCAUGAGAUGGGAUCAUAAUCACUUGAUAUCACUUCCCCUCAAUUCACAAACAGUCUCAAAGAAAUGCUCUAUAGCUAUUCUGGUUUAGCAUAAUCAAUCCCAUGGAAAUUCUUUUUUCUUUUUUUUUUUUGUAAAUAUAAUUGAAUAUUCCUAUAAUUGGCUUUCUUCAGCAAUCUAUUUGCAAAGCCCACAAGAUUGCUCGUGGGAAAUAGCCUAUGUAACUAAUUUUCUUGAAAAAUUCCGGGCAAAUUAUGGUCAACCCCAAGUUAAGGUCAAAUUACGAAAAUAUUUCCCUUAUGUUUGAA